AUGCCUUUACAGCCUAUAACCACAGGAGCGUCAAAGGUAACAGGUUUAACAAGAAUAGGGAAUGUACAUUACAGGAAUGGUAUACCAGUACCACACCAAAACAGAAAAGAAUGUUUGAUAGAGUUAAUCACUUGGUUACCAGAAAAUGCUGUGUUGUUUGGACAUAACGUUAAAUCUUUUGAUUCAAAAAUUAUCAUUAAAGCUCUGACGAAUGAAAACUUGAUUAAUGAUUUCAAAGCCAAGUGCAACGGAUUCGUAGAUAAAUUACAUGUGUUUCGAGCUGCAUACCCCGAAAGAAAGUCAGAGAGAAAAAACCUCAAGCAGGAAGAACUGGUAAAGGAUUUCCUCGGCGAAGACUUCACUUACGAUGCACAUAACGCAUUGGGAGAUGUCUUGGCUUUACAGGAACUAUUCAGAAAGGCAGGAUUUUCUCUUGUUCGUGUACAACCCCAUAGUUUUUCUAUUGAAUUUGCUUAUCAGGCUUUGAUAAAUGUUGAAGUGUCCAAUAAGAACUAUGAAUCGCUGAAAGUGCUACCGAUCUCAGAGGGUAUGACUAAAGAAAUGGCUAGAUCCGGACUUAACAUUCAGCAUUUAAAACUGGCUUUUAGACGAGGAGGAGUAGAUGGUGUAUAUAAUGUCAUGUCAGAAAAAAUUAACGGGAAGGUCAGAGUAACAAAGAACAAAAAGAUUUUAGUUGCUGCUGCACAGUUUAUAAAGGACGAAAUAGAAAAUCAGGAGACUGUCGUAUGA